AUGCAGUAUAUAGAGGAACCCACAGCCGAGGAUUCCUUCAGCGAAUACUCCGAAACAGCUGAUCAUCCCAAAGCCGCUCCUGACCCCGAAACCGGAGCAAGUGGUUACACCAGCACCGGGUGGCGUGGUGGCCCGAAGCUUCCGGAUCCGUCGCACAUCCACAGGACGCAGAGCAUGCCGAAGCAAUCAGGGGUUAUUGCCCCAAAGGUUGACGGAAAGUGCAUUGGUGGCAAUGGAUGGGAUUCUGGCGGAUGGGGCGACUGGAACACAGGCCGAAGCAGGGGAAGGAUGGCAACGGCAGGCGAGGGAACGCCAAGGAAAAGGCGACGACUUGGAAGUCGUUGUCAAGGGUUUCCCUUCGACGAAGCCAGCCUGAGGGCUCCUUUCACGGGUUGCAGAGAGGUCAGCAUACCGCACGGCUGGCCCAAAGGUGCGGCAUUUGUGGGCUUCCAGAAUCCAGAGGGAGUGAAUGCCGCUACUUCUUUUGACAAGCCCUCUUUCUGGGCGUUUUCCUCACAGUCCGGCCAGCAAGUGCGAGAAGCACGAGGAUGA